AUGCCCGUGCGGACGAGUGAAGCGGGCAGCCCGCUCGCAGGGGCAAAUGAUCGUAGCAUCCCAGCCCCCUUCGACUAUCAAGCCGAUGGCAUCUUGGCGAGUCACGCGCCGGGCAGACACGGCUACUCGCCGGCCACCUCAGGUGGCAAGGAGAGCGAGGUCAGGCGUUGCGCGGGAGUGCGCGCCCAGGGUAACCUAGCCGCGCGCAUUGGACUGCGAGCGCGGCGCGUGCAGUGUAAUCCCUCCGGUAGCCGCCUGCGUGUCUGCAGUGCGCGGGAGUGCGCGCCCAGGUGCGCGGGAGUGCGCGCCCAGGGUAACCUAGCCGCGCGCACUGAACUGCGAGCGCGGCGCGUGCAGUGUAAUCCCUCCGGUAGCCGCCUGCGUGUCUGCAGUGCGCGGGAGUGCGCGCCCAGGUGCGCGGGAGUGCGCGCCCAGGGUAACCUAGCCGCGCGCAUUGGUCUGCGAGCGCGGCGCGUGCAGUGUAAUCCCUCCGGUAGCCGCCUGCGUGUCUGCAGUGCGCGGGAGUGCGCGCCCAGGCACGGGGGCGCGGCUCCAAGGUUGCCGGCCCUGCUCGCAGACAGCUUCUCCCGGCUGCCGCGUGGCCGCGCUGGGGGGCUCGGGCCGGCAGGUCUGCCCACCUCCGCGCGCGGGACGAGCGGAGACUUCGACGCACGACCACCACCAGUGCGCACGUUUAGGGUCGCCGGGGCGGCCGCUGCACCUCCUCCUCCUCCAGCCAUGGACCGCGUCCCGCGAGACAAGUUCCCAGAUGACUCCAACUCCAUCAACGCACAAGAGAGAACUGUAGACUCAAAUGGAGUCCUGGCGCGGGUGCCAGCCCGGGUGGUGCUGGGCGUCAUGUCCUUCCUCGGCUUCUUCGCCAACUACACGCUGCGCGUCAACAUCAACAUCGCCAUCCUGGAGAUGGUGGGCCAGCGGCCGGCCGCCGCCUCUGCCGCCGCCUCUGCCGCCGCCCCCGGGGGCGGGGACUGCCCGCGGCCCGCCGCCAACCUCUCCGCCGCCGCCGGCAACAGCACACAGGGAGGAGGGGAGUUCGACUGGAGCACGGACGAGCAGGCGCUGGUGCUGGGAGCCUUCUACUGGUGCUACGUGCUGAGCCUGGUGCCGGCGGACUUGCUGGCGCAGCGGCUGGGCCCCAAGGCCGUGUUCGGCGGCGCCAACGUGCUGUGCGCCCUGGCGGCGGUCCUUACGCCCGCCGCGGCGCGCCUGCACUACGGGGCGCUGCUCGCCGUCAGGAUGCUGCAGGGGCUGCUGUCCGGUCCGACUUGGCCUUCCAUGCACGUGAUGGUUACGAAGUGGAUUCCGCCGCACGAGAGAAGCAAGUUCGUCACAACUUACUACGGCAACUCGGUGGGCGCGGCGGCCACUUUCCCGCUGUGCGGCGUGCUGAUCGCGCACCUCGGCUGGGAGUACGCCUUCUACGUGCCGGGGGCCGUCGGCCUGCUGUGGAGCCUACUGUGGUGGCUGCUGGUGUUCGACUCGCCAGCGCAGCACCCGCGCAUCUCGCCGCGGGAGAGGCGCAUGAUCGAGGCGGCCGUCAACCCGCACCUGGCGAGGAAGCAGCCGCCCAUCCCUUGGAAAGCCAUCCUUAGUUCCAUGCCCUUCUGGGCCUUGAUGACGGGCACCAUCGGCAGCACGUGGACGUUCCUCGCCAUGCUCACCUACGGGCCGACGUACCUCAAGAACGUCCACGGACUCGGCAUCGAAAUGAACGGCCUGAUCUCGGGGCUGCCGAACGUCAGUCGCUUCCUCCUGGGACUGCUCUUCUCCUCGCUGGCAGACUUCCUGCUCCGCUCUGCGGGCUGGACUGUGACGCACGUCCGGAAGCUGGCCACUGCCGUAGCCCUGCUGGUGCCCGGGACGCUGUGCCUGCUGAUGACCAACGUGGGCUGCGACGCGGCCGCGGAGAUCACCCUGCUGAUACUGCUGGUCGGCCUGGGGGGCUGCGCCUCCUCUGGGACGCUCGCCAACAACAUCGACCUGGCCCCGAACUUCGCCGGAAUGCUUCUAGGGCUGACCAGUUUCUUGUCUAUGAGUUCCGGGUUCCUAGUGCCGCCUCUAGUCAGCAGCAUCGUGGGUGACCAGUUGUAUUCCAUGUCCUUGUGGAGGGUUGUCUUCUCCAUAACUGCAUUCAUAUCCUUCUUCUGCUGCUUUGUGUUCCUGGCAUUUGGGAGUGGCGAGGUGCAGUGGUGGAACGGGACAGAAAAGCAAAACCACGAGAAGAAAGAAGCUGGCAAGACAAGUACCGUCACCGAAAUGCUCCUGAAAAGUGAGCUUCAGAAAGUUUAACAGAAAUAAAUGAGCCAUCAGGAUGGAAAGCAGUCCCGAAGGAAGUGGAGGAAUCGAUUGAGAUGAAUCUCGCAUGAUGUAAAAAUAGCAUCCAAACAAGCCUAGUUUUUAACCGCCUUUAACAAUGUAUAAUAUUUAUAGUCAAGGGAAGUUUUCCAAGAUGCACAUGAAAUAACCAUUAAGAGGGAAUUUUUUCCUGCAUCCGCCUUUAGCAAACAUAAAAUUUUUAACAUUUAUACUCUUAAGAUUGUGAUAUGCACAACUAGUCUUUCAUACAGCAUCCGCCUUAAUUAAACUGCUAAGAAAUUAAUGCUAAGAGAGUCAUAUCACAUAAAGAGUGCUAAAAAUUGUGUUCAUUAAAAAUUUAAUUUUUUAAUAUUUUAGCUACUAAUACUAUUCUUAUUGAGAGACAUGAAAAGUACUGAGGAUUAUAUAUGCCUUAAAUUUCCUCAAACAAAAUAAUACCGUAUAUACUCUUGUAUAGCGCGCCCUUUUUUCCCCUCAAGUAAAGGAAAAAAAUAAGGAUGCGCGCUAUACACGGGAAAAAAAUUUUUUUGGGGGGGGGGAGGCGGGGAGGAGUGGAAGUCGUUAACUGCCGGGUGACGGGUGACGUUUCUGGCCAGCCCCCACACAUACGCACAAGCAACAAGGCCUCUGUUUCACACACACACACACACACACACACACACACACACGCACACGCGCGCGCAAGCUCGCACAUCAUGGUCUCUUGUUUAUUUUUAGACCUCCCCCCUUUACAGAAAGCCAGCUCGGAAGCUAGUAAAAAGAGAGAGAGAGAAAGAGAGAAUGUUGUCACCAGUUCCCUCCCCCCCCUCUCCCGUCCAACUUCUUCGCUUCCUCCAUUCCUCACCGGUGAGUCAUCAAGUUCUCCGCGCCAGCUUAGCAACGUAGCGCGGCACGCCUCCCUCCCUUCCUUCCUUCCACGUACCAUUUGUGACGAUAUAGCGCUUCAUUAUCUUCCGUUUAGACAGCAGAGUUUAUGUAUUUUCCUGACGCAUCACCACACAUCAAUUUAAAUAAUCAGGUACCACAAAAUGUUAGUAAAAUUUAUUUAUGGGGGAAAAAAAAAUUUCAAUUUUUUUUUCUUUGGAAUUAGUUGCAAAAAUCGUGGUGCACGCUAUACACGAGGGCGCGCUAUACACGAGUAAAUACGGUAAUAAUUUUUUUUUAACAGGAAAGAUGUGUGUUUCAUGAAAUUGUCCCAUUGUUAAGAGUUAUUGAGAGACUUGAAAACAUAUCUUAGAAUGAAAGGCCUACAGUAUGUCAUAGCUUUGUGACACAGCAAAAUAUUUACAAAAUAAAUUUUUUUAAAAGGAUCUUGAAUGUAUAUUGAAUGUAUGAAUGUACAGCACCAAUUGAUAGUAUCGAUCAGCACAAGCACUGCCUAUUUUCGUUGUGAAUAGCAACAUUGGUCAUCUGGUCAAAAUGUGGGCUUUGUUUUUGUUGAUAAAAUAUGCUAAUGCAAUUAACUAUUUCACUCUUGAUUUAAUGCCACUUUAAACAAAAAAAAAAAAA